CGGCAGCGUAACUCACGUCACGCAGGCAUCGACGGCAGUGCCAAGGAUGAGCGCCUCCGGUCUCGUUUCGCCGCUCUUGGCGACGCGCAGCGGUACCGCUGGGACGGCUGCACCUUGUUAAAUCUUUACGGGUGACGUUUGCGUAAGACAGUCGUGAGCGAGAGCGGGGUACUAUGAAUUGGCGUGGCUCGCGUGAGCUAUGGGGACGGAUGGGAGCCAAUGGGCUUCGAGCUCGCACCUCCUCUCCCGCUGCUGUAGGAGUACGGCGGCGAGACGCGUGUAGAUCGCGCUGCGGGUUGCACCGCUCGGGCAUUUCGACCACGCGCUUGCAGUGGGCACACGGGCCUUCAGAUCUCUCGGCAUUUACUAUCCCUAUUCUGCUCUCAAGAUGAAGGGAGGCGUGGGCAAGAUGCUGUCCGCGUUCCUGCAGAAGCUCAGGCGCACCAAGGAGCCUGGCGCGGACCACAUGCAGACGAACCUGAAGCGGUGCCUGACCACCUUCGACAUCACGCUGCUGGGCAUCGGCCACAUGAUGGGCUCCGGCAUCUACGUACUCACGCCGGCCGUGGCCAAGGGGGUGGCGGGUCCCGCACUCAUUGUGUCCUACCUCGUGGCCGGCGUCGCUUCUCUGCUGGCAGCUCUGGCUUACGCCGAGUUCGGCGUUCGUUUCCCCCGCGCGGGCUCGGCCUACUCCUACGCGUACUUUUCGGUGGGCGAGUUCUGGGCCUUCUUCGUCGGCUGGAACGUGGUCCUGGAAAACGUGAUCGGCAUAUCGGCCGUGUCCCGUGCGUGUAGCGCGUACAUUGACUCGUUAACGCACGGCGCCAUCAAGGGCUACAUUAUGAACGUCACCGGAGAGAUGCCAGGCCCCUACCUGUCCGCUCACCCCGACUUUCUGGCGCUGCUCAUAAUCGUUCUGUACGUGGCAUUCAUGUCCGUGGGCGUGCAGGCCACCUCGUGGCUCAACAAUAUCCUGUGUUGCGUCAACAUCUUUGUGUUGUUCAUCAUCAUCGGCGUCGGGGCCUACUUCGCCGACUUCUCCAACUGGACGAACCCGGACACCGGGGGCUUCGCGCCGUUCGGCGUGCAUGGCAUCCUGGCUGCGUCGGCGGCUUGCUUUUUUGCCUACGUGGGGUUCGACGCCAUCGCGGCCGCCGGCGAGGAGGCCGUCAACCCGCAGCGCUCGCUGCCCAUCGCCACCUUCAUCUCCAUGUCGGUGGUGACGGUGCUCUACGUGGCCGUGUCCGCCGUGCUCACGCUCAUGGUGAACUACCGGGACAUCGUGCCGGACUCCGGACUCCCGGACGCGCUUGAGAUGAAGGGGGCCAUCUGGGCAAAGAUUGUGGUGAUCAUUGGAGCGCUGUGUGGGAUGUCAACGGUCCUGAUUGGUACUCUGUACGCACUGACCCGGAUAGCGUACGCCAUGGCAGACGACGGCCUCAUCAUGCGCAUGUUCGGCACGGUGAACAAGCGCACCAAGAUCCCACUAAUUGCCAUGUACGUGUUCUCUGCCCUGGCGGCGGUGUUGGCCGUCAUCCUGGACAUCGAGACUCUGGUGGAGAUGAUGUCCAUUGGCACCUUGUUCGCUUACCUGGUCGUCAGCGGAGGCAUCAUCAUCUUCAGAUACAGGGCGCCCACCAAAAAGGAUGUGGUUGAAAUGGGGCCCCUCUCGGACAAGCUGCCCAACGGUGUGGGCGGCUCUCUGGAGCGCAUCAAGCCUCGCUUCCGGCGUCUUGCUCCUCUGCUGUCCGGCCUGUCCACGGACCUCGCCAUCUCGCUGAGCGUGUGCGGCCUUGUGGCCGUCACACUGGUGCUGGGCUUCUUCGUCCAGAGCCUCUCGGCCGAGCUCGCCGCGGGUGCCUGGUGGGCUGUGCUAGUGGUCAUCGUGCUCUGCCUUCUGCUCGUUCUGCUCUUUACCACCAUCGCCAUCCACGAGCAAGUGAUCACGGAACAGCGCUACAAGAUGCCGUUUGUUCCUUUCCUGCCAGCGCUGAGCAUCGUCGUGAACACCAUUUUGAUGACGACCCUGCACGCUCUCACCUGGCUUCGUCUGCUUGUUUGGAUCUCCGUUGGACUUACUGGCUACUUCGUCUACGGAACCCAGCACAGCAAGCUCAACAAGCUCCCAGAGUCAAACGGUCGCCAGGCGCUGGAGAGUCCCUCCAACGGCAAGCAGCAGAACAGCCGCCUUUGAAGAGUGGCCUGACGGCAUGACGCCUUCGACGGGGGCUGUGCUCUUGUGUGCAUCUGUACAUAGUGCCUCGCUCUGGGCGGCAAGCGGACAUGCCGUCGGAGCCAUCUGGUAGACCCUCCGGGAACUAAGCUUCUGACCGUCGUCGUCCGUUUCGAACAACGAGUUUCCGGCAGCGUGUUGUGCUCGACAACACAGCAAGAGCCUCUCUUGGACUUGCGCAUUUGUUGCUUACAAUGCGCACGGAAUUGAUGUGCUUACGUCCUUGUGACGCGCAUACCACUAGGACGGAUAUGAUGUGCUAUCAGUGCAAUGGAAAACGCUUUUUCGAAUUUGUGUUGGCAAAGAUUUCAGAGACAUGAGGGAGUACAUUCGUACCUGAGCGCGGUUUCAUGUCAACCUACUUUUAUGUACCUUUUUUUUUUUUUAAUUUGGCUCGUAGAAUCGUUGCUUAUCAAAUAAUACCCUUUAAUGUUUUUUCUUAAAAUUAAUAUAUGAUGCUGUUAUUACGACGUACCGUGUACGAGCGUAACAUUUAUGACUGUUAUACGUUUGCAUGUUUGAUUUCUUUUAUAUUCCACUUGUAUACGGACAUCUGGACAGAUGUGAAACAGUGCCAUCACCGUAUUUACUCUUUUAUACUAGUUUUACCUGUUCGCCAUUUUACGCGCGUAGAUAAAGAGAACAAAAAGAGAGCGACCAAUUAGAAAUUCCUGAUAUAAUCUCAUGUCAGAGAGUUGCGGAAGCUAUUUUUAGAAGCGACUUUAAUCUCAACAAUCAGCACAGUUGGUUAUAAAACCGACCCUCACUUUGCUUUCAGCGUUAUUUAUAAACCAUGGACCGAUAUAGAUAUGUAUAUAAGCGCCAAACAAGCCACUCAUAAAAGCGCACAUGUGUAUAUGUAUAUGUACAUAUUCGGUGCUACAUAGCGAUAACCUUGGGACUAAGUGUUGCCUUCACUGGAUCUUCUCUUUGACAUCGGCUUGAAAGGGCUCACCUCUUACCCGCGUCCGACAGCGGUAGCGUUAAUUGCUUGUCUUUUGUUUGGCCACUACAUUAUAUCUUUGAAAACAAGAAAGAGCACAGGAUGCGAUUUGCAAAGACUUCUUUUGACCUGAUCGCGCCGCAAAUUGGCCACAUCUCUACGCUCGAUCUCUAUUAAAUGACUUCUUUCCUGAAA